AGUUUGCAAGCAAAGAUGGCGACCUCCUUGCUAGGCAGGAGGACGGCAAUUUUCUGUUGGGCAUUUAGGGGUAUUUUACCCACAACAUCAGUUUUAUCUGACAGUUUUCCGCGUGGGAUCUUACACCAGAUCGCAAAUUAUAAUCCUAAACCAUUGAAACUAAAUCUAAAAGAUCCUUAUAUCCCAGACAAAGAAGGACAGAAAACGCCAGAAUGGCAGAAGACGUUGAAGUAUGACCGCAAGUUGUACGGUAGGUACGGGUCUGCGUCGGGGAUCGACCCGGAGAAGCUGUGGCCUUCUCCUGCCAAGCUAGAAGAGAUCAUUGCAGAGGAAAGGGAGUGGAACCCUUCGCUCGAAGUCAUGCUGGAGAACAUUGGGGCCCGAGAGAAGGAACUCGCAGCAAAACGCCUUGCAAAAGAGAAACUGAUAGCAGCUAACAUGGCUAAGAUGCCCAAGAUGGUAGCAGACUGGCGAAAGGAGAAACGGGACACCAAGAUGAAGGCUCGGGAGGACAAGGACAAGCGUGCGCGUCUACUUGCCGAGGCCCGGGAGCGUUUUGGCUUCGCCAUAGACCCCCGCAGCGCACGGUUCCAGGAGAUGGUGGGCGAGAUCGAGAAGGAGGAGAGGAAGAAGAAGAAACUCAUGAAGAGGAAAUUAAAGAUCGAGCAAAGUCUCACACCCGUCGCAGAGGCACCUGCUGCCUCAACGUAACCCUGGGAAAUUGCCCAGUGUUACACUGUGGAUAAUGAAAAUGUAUGAUUUUGUUUACCGUCUCUUAUGCGUGACAUAACUUUCUUGCGUGUCUGUUCCACAUUUUUUUAUAUAUACUUUUUUUCUGUGAGCAAGAGAGGCCUGUCAUUAAUUAAAUAAAUUACAAUGCAAAAAAAUA